CCAGAACGGCGAAAAACUAAUCAGUUCUAAACUUUCAUGGGUAGAAACAUCCCUGAGAAUUUCAAAUGAAUCCCUCAAAUGGUUUGGCUGGAAACCUUCGGGACGCCCGCCCGCCGAGCAAACUGAUUACAAUAUAGCACCUGAGGGUGCGAUAAAAAUUUACCAGUGGACGCCGACAUCUUGGAUCACUCGAGAGGAGAUUUCGCGCGACAAGCAUGGUCACGGUCAAGGUCACCAAAAAAGGAAGGAAAAUAUUUCAUUUGUAAUGCGGAGAGAACGUGUUUUCCUUCAAAAGUGGGAGGAAGAUUUCAAUUGGUUGUAUUGUAAUGCAGAUGGGUCAAAGAUGUGCAGAGUGUGGGUUCAAACGGGUCGUCAGAACACUUUUACAAGAGGAUGCAGGGAUUUCCAAAAAUCCAGUCUCACACGCCACGGAGACCAGCCUUCCCAUAGAGCUGCCUAUGCGACCAUGAACAAGGGCUGAGAUUGAGGCGACAAAUUCAGAACAGAAAUUUAGAAUUUGACUUUGUAGUGAAUUAAAUUGAAUUAAAAGCAAAACUUUGUAUUUUUA